AUGGUCGGUUCGGCAGGCCGCGAUCCGGUCGGCACCGGGGUCGAAGAGCUGGUCGAUGAGGAAGCCGGCAAGCUGGUCGGUGCGGCAGGCCGCGAUCUGGUCGGCGCCGGAGUCGGAGAGCAGGUGAACUGGCCGAUGAGGGAGCAGAAAACGUGGUCGACGCGGCAGGCCGCGAUCUGGUCGGCGCGGGAUCGGCUGGUCGAUGCAGGAGUCGGUGAGCUGGUCGGCGCGGAAGUCGGCGAGCUGGUCGGCACCGGAAUCGGUGAGCUGGUCGAGGAGGGAGCCGGCAUGUGGAAACACGACGCAUUUUUGGGCACGAGCCGAAACGGUUCUGACGGCUAA